UCUAAUGUCAUCAUCAUUAUCGUCAUCCUCGUCGCUGGUUUUUGAUAAGUAAAAAAUUAGGAGGUUUAGGUUUAAUUGCAAAUUUCAAAUUUAUUAGCAGUAUUAGAAAAAAAAUCGUACUAUUCACAACAAAAUGAGCAACAAAUUGCCCCUCAACUGUGAUAUUGUCCCACUUGACGAAGAAGUAACAUGGAUUUUCGGAUACGGAUCUCUGGUUUGGAAGGCAGACUUUCCAUAUGAAGAAAAACGGACUGGCUACAUAAAAGGAUACAUUAGGAGGUUUUUCCAAAACAGUAUAGACCAUAGAGGCACUCAUGAGAAGCCUGGCCGUGUCGUAACACUAAUUCAUUCGAAUGACCCGGAAUCAAGAGUAUGGGGCAUGGGAUACCGCAUUGCUAGAAGUAAUACGAUUGAUGUCUUGAAACACCUAGACCACCGAGAAAAAAAUGGAUACGAACGGAAUCAAGUAAAAUUCUAUCCACACCCUCCCAGUGAAACGCAAACCAACGAACCGAAGGACAUUCUACUGUAUGUAGCUACGCAGGCAAAUCCGUCAUUCGCUGGGCAGCAGGAUAGUUUAGAUCAAAUAGCGAUGCAAAUUUUGGGCGCGAUUGGUGAAAGUGGUAAAAAUGUGGAAUAUGUAUACCAACUAGCAGAGUCUAUGAGACAAUUGUAUCCAGGCGAGGAUGAUGACCAUCUAUUCGAACUUGAACGGAUCCUUAAAACCCAUAAUCCUGGCGCCGCAAAUGUCGCUUGUGAUGGAAGUAGAUCAAAGCUCAGUAAGGAAGGUUGAGCUAUGUCAGA